GGUCUGAGUGCCUUGCUCCGUCUUCUGCCUGCUCUCGGCUCUCGCCUGGCUAGCACCAGCAGGGCGCCUCAGCCGUGAAACAUGGGGAGCUCCUCGGUCUGCUUCGCCCUUUUCUUGGCGGUGGGCGCGCGCCUCAGCCUGGCAUUCCAAGGAUCGGGAUACUCGCCCCUAGAAGAUGAUGAAGAUGUGUAUGCACACAAUAGAUAUAAAGAUACACCAUGGUGCUCUCCAAUCAAAGUGAAAUAUGGUUACACAACCUGCAGAAGCCCUUAUGGAGGGUAUUACAAAAAUGUUUUGGGGACAAAAUGUGAUAUUCGUUGUCAGAAAGGUUAUGAACUGCAUGGUCCCCAGCAGCUUAUUUGUCAGUCAAAUAAACGUUGGUCUGGUAAAGUUUUGUGCAAACAAAAACGUUGCCCAGUUCUUUCAAUGCCACCUAAUGGAGGAUUCAAGUGUUCAGAUGGUGCAUAUUUUAACUCCCGAUGUGACUAUUAUUGUUCACCGGGGUAUCAGCUAAAAGGAGACCGAAUUGUACAGUGUAUGGACAACAAAUUAUGGAGUGGAAAACCAGCUUCUUGUGUUGAUAUGGAACCUCCCAGAAUCCAGUGUCCAAGUGUAAAAGAGAAAAUAGCAGAGCCUAAUAAAUUGACAGCCCGAGUAUUCUGGGAGACCCCAGAGGGACGGGACACUGCUGACGGCAUUUUGACAGAUGUUAUUUUGAAAGGUCUGUCACCAGGUUCACAUUUUUCAGAAGGAGAUCAUAAAAUCCAAUACACUGUGUUUGACAGAGCUGAGAACAAGGGAACUUGCAAAUUUUUGGUUAAAGUCAGAGUCAGGCGCUGUGGGAAGCUGAAUGCUCCAGAAAAUGGCUACAUAAAAUGUUCAGGUGAUGGGGAUAAUUAUGGUGCUACCUGUGAAUUUUCCUGCAUUGGUGGCUAUGACUUGCAGGGAAGUCCAGCAAGAGUUUGCCAGUUCAAUUUAGGCUGGUCAGGAACAGAGCCAUCCUGUACACCUAUGAAUAUUAAUACUGGUGUGAGGACUGCUGCAGCCCUCCUGGACCAGUUUUAUGAGAAACGGAGGCUGCUCAUUAUAUCCACACCUACUGCAGCUAAUUUUUUCUAUAGGUUGCAAUUGGGAAUGUUGCAGCCGGCACAGUGUGGCUUAGAUCUUCGACAUGUUACAGUAAUUGAGUUAGUUGGGGUCUUCCCAGCCCAGUUGGGAAGAAUAGGAUUGAAACUGAUGCCUCCUGCCCUGGCUUUGCAACUCAGGUUAUUGCUUCGAAUCCCCCACUAUAGCUUUAAUAUGGUGGUGGUUGAUAAGCAUGGUGUGGACAAAGAGCGAUAUCCUUUCCCAGCUACUCCUGCUGAACUCUUCACUCUCAUUGACAGCUUCCCAUUGAGAAAAGAUGAGAUAAAACUGCAAGCAGAAGCCGGCCAGUCCUGUCCCUGAUUUUGGAUUACGGCUGUCACUGUACCAGUACCUUUUGCUGCCUAAAUUUCUUUCAGGUGCUAUUGAAAGCAUGGAAUUAUGGAAGUCACAGAUGUACAGAUCUUUCUUAUGUGUGUAUGGUGUUUAACUUGUGUUGUGGAACUUCUUUUUUCUUCUCUGCAUUCAUCUUCCUCCUUGGAAAGUCUUGUAAAAGUAUUGAAGUGUCUUUGUUAUGUCUCCAGAAAUAAUGCUUCCUGUGUAAAUGUUUUCUUUUCUUUUGACAGAUCUUUUAUUAAUAAAAUAUUGUUUUGCAUAAA